UAGUUCAGUGUUCGUCUAACUGUCAAGAUGUGCGGCUGGAGAAAUAAAUAUUUGUGAAUCGUGAUACGGUUUUUGAUCGUCCGCUGGGCAAAUUCAACAAGACAAAAAAUACAAGUGUUGUGAUUUUGUGUUAUCAUUUGCAAACUAAUGGCAUUUCCACCGCCGUUAAACCAAUUUCAUUAACAUAUUUAUUAACAAAGACCGCAGAAUAAAUCGAUUAAUUUUGUGUUUCGAAUGUUAUGUCGGUUUGUUGAAGAUGAUUUCUUGGUAUUGAGAAUCGAAUGUUUUUUUAAGCCAUCUCGGGUUAAUAUUGGAAUGAAAACAAAAAAAAACUCUGUGUUUUGGCAAUGUGAAUGACGUUUGGGAUUACAGCAUUGACAUUUGUAGUCGAAUGGGUAAAUAGUUUGCUGUUGAUUUUUAAACGAGACGCAGGUAAUUUUGUCUACUUCCACUACAAAACACAAACUUAACAAUUACGAAAAAGUUGACAUUACCGACUCGAUCUCAUCGAUAAUAAUCUCACAUGUCAUCAUCGUUAAAUAUACCACUCCAAACAAAGUGCACCAGGCAUUCGUGAUGUUGGCGCCAUUAUGCCAUUCAAUGGGCUUUGUUGUGCUAAACAAAGUCGAUUUAACGGCACAAAUUCCAUUUCCAUCUGGCGGCAGUUGCUACACCGUCGCUGAGAAUAAAAGCCAUUUAGCAUCAACAUUUAUUAGCAACAUUAGACAUGGCAAAUGUUGUGAUGGAUUCGAUGGUGUUUGGCGAUUACAUUAAAAUCUGGAAGCACAUCAAGUGGCGAAUCAAAUUGCAAUCGAAAUCAUUGUUGGUGGUUUUCUGUUUUCAAAAGUGUUUUCAAAGUGUUCGGAACAACGAAAGUGCUGCAUGUAAAAACAACUUAAUGUGAAAAUGUUACAAAAAGGUGGAUGGUUUUAAUGCUGCAAUAUCAAUUAAUGUCUAAAAUCAGAGUAGAUUUAAGAAAAAGACAAAUUGUUAUCAAGUCACGUAGUUAAGAGCUAUACAACAUUAUCAAACUAUUUAAUGGAUCAACAGACGGUAAAAGCAAAACGGCUUUAAUGAAAUGCAAUGUUUUUGAGUUAUCCAUGAACGAAGCGAUACUGAAGCGUUUUUAAACGGAAAAGGAAUAAAAAUAAUGUCAUUGACGGGGUAACAUUGAAUGAAUUGUAUGUGUCAUAAAAACAAAAUCCCCAAUCAACGAGUUUAUUUAAAUUUAAAAAAAGAGAAAAAAAAAAGUUUUUCAACGCCCAACAUAUAAUAUUCCGAUUUAAUGAAUGGAAUGUAGGGAACAGCCAUAGCAACUCAAAUGAAUGUGAUUUUAUUUUUUCAUUCCCUAUUCCAAUCGUUUCCAAUUAAUUAAAUUUUUUGUGGAAAAUUUGUUGCAAAUGAAAAAAAUAAUAAAGAAACCAAAUGAAAAAUGCAAAAAUGAAAAUUCAUGGAUUCAAAAAUGUUUAAUUGAAGUGAUACAAUAUCAAAUACGUGCACUCAUUUAGUGACUAUAAAUAUAAUACAGACACAAAAGGAAAAUUAAAAAUUAAUUUAAACAUUUUUUUCACCCGAACUACGUGGUACAGUAGCAUUAUUGUGUCAUAAAAAUAUAUCAACAAAUAAUAAACUCAAAUAAACCAGUCACAUCAUCUCCCCAUCACACACAAAUAACAUAAAACCAAUUUAGUAGACGGACUAAAUAAUAAAAUGUCCGACACAGUGCCAUUAUGGAAACCAUCAUCAUCAUCAACAUCAAAUCAACAAUGCAUCGAAAAUGGUCACAUUCAACGAGGCAGCACAUCGUAUCCAAAUGCUGCUGGUGGCACCAACGGACUGAGUGGUAAUGGUGCUGGAUCUAUCCUAACAAGAAACUGUUUACACCUGUUGAAAAGUAUAAAUUUUCGACGAUGCGUUGUCGCUUUGGUAUUGUUGACUGUGGCCACAAUCUUCUAUUACGUGUAUUAUGUGGAUAACUCACCGUUUGUGGGUUUAAUACAUCGUGACACAAGACCAUCACCAUUGAUCCAUUGUCGUAUGUUGCACGACAAUGUGGCCAUUGAAUCAUCUGAAGCGCCAGACCAUCGGUCCGAGGCACGUCUACGAAUCGAUCCAAAAGUUUUGGUAUUUGUUGAAACGACAUAUUCGAGACUGGGACGUGACAUCGCCGAAUUAUUGGUGUACAAUCGAAUAAAAUACAAAAUUGAGGUGGCCGGAAAGAGUCUUCCUGUGCUUACAAACUUGGACAAGGGUCGGUAUGGUGUCAUUGUGUUUGAAAAUCUUGACAAGUACUUGCACAUGGACAAAUGGAACCGGGAAUUGUUGGACAAAUAUUGUCGGGAAUAUUCUGUCGGAAUUGUGGGUUUUGUCAGUCCCAGUGAAGAGACAUUGGUUGGUGCACAGUUGAGGAAUUUUCCAUUAUACAUACACACCAAUUUACGGUUACGGGAUGCGAGUUUGAACGCCGCAUCUCCAGUUUUACGACUUACACGAGCUGGUGAUACUGCGUGGGGAAUUUUGCCCGGUUCCGAUUGGGCUGUUUUCCAACACAAUCACUCCACAUACGAGCCCCUGGAAUGGGCUCAGAAAAAUAUAUUAGACUAUCCGACCGAUGGUCAAGUACAGCCGCCACUGCCAACGGUGUUACAGGACCACGGACGUUUAGAUGGAAUACAGCGGAUAUUGUUCGGUAGCGGAUUAAAAUUUUGGUUACAUAGAUUGUUAUUUUUGGAUGCGCUGUCGUACCUUAGUCAUGGACAACUAAGCUUAAGUCUAAAUCGUAUGAUUCUAGUCGAUAUUGAUGAUAUAUUCGUGGGGGAAAAAGGAACACGACUACGACCGGAUGAUGUGCAAGCUCUCAUUGCAACUCAAGCGAAAAUUGCGGCCAUAGUACCCGGCUUUCGAUUUAAUUUGGGCUUUUCGGGAAAAUAUUUCCAUCAUGGAACGCGAGACGAAAAUCUAGGCGAUGAUAUGCUGUUGCGCAACGUUGAUCAAUUUAAUUGGUUUUCGCACAUGUGGAAUCAUCAGCAACCGCAUCUGUACGACAAUGUGACCGUUUUAAUGUCGGACAUGAUGCUGAACAAAGACUUUGCUAAUGCGAAGGGUAUACCAACUGAUUCGGGCUAUUCAGUGUCUCCGCAUCAUUCGGGUGUGUAUCCGGCGCAUGAGCUACUGUAUGUGGCGUGGAAGAAAGUCUGGAAUAUAAAAGUAACAUCAACCGAAGAAUAUCCACAUUUAAGACCAGCGAGACUGCGUCGUGGAUUUAUCCAUCGAAAUAUAAUGGUACUGCCGCGUCAAACAUGCGGGUUAUUCACUCACACAAUGUACAUAGAUCGUUAUCCUGGUGGUAGGGACAAACUGGAUGAAUCAAUUCAAGGCGGUGAAUUAUUUCAAACCAUCGUCUACAAUCCAAUCAAUAUAUUCAUGACACACAUGUCCAACUAUGGCAGCGACCGUCUGGCAUUGUACACAUUUGAAUCGGUGAUAAAAUUCAUCCGAUGUUGGACGAAUAUCAAAUUGACAUCGGCACCUCCCUUGCAAUUGGGCGAAACCUAUUUCAAACUUCACCCAGACGAAACCGACCCAGUGUGGGGCAAUCCAUGCGAUGACUCCAGGCAUAUCAAAAUUUGGUCUAAGAACAAAAGCUGCGAUUCACUGCCAAAAUUCCUGGUGAUUGGUCCGCAGAAAACGGGCACAACGGCACUGUACACGUUCCUCAGCAUGCACAACAGUGUUUCCAGUAAUUUACCCACUCCAGACACAUUUGAGGAGAUCCAAUUUUUCAACAAAAAUAAUUACUAUCGCGGAUUGGAUUGGUACAUGAGCUUCUUUCCGGCACAAUCGAACGGUUCGGAAAAAUAUAUGUUCGAGAAAUCGGCAAACUAUUUUGAUGGUGACUUUGUGCCGAGACGAGCGCACGCUCUGCUGCCACAUGCUAAAAUUAUCACAAUUUUAAUAUCGCCGGCGAAACGAGCUUAUUCUUGGUAUCAACAUCAAAGAGCACAUGGUGACUUAAUAGCAAAUAAUUAUAGUUUUUAUCAGAUAAUAACUGCCAGUGAUUCGGCACCGAAAGCACUUAAAGAUUUACGAAAUCGUUGUCUAAAUCCCGGCAAAUAUGCUCAGCAUUUGGAACGAUGGUUGACCUUCUAUGCUGCCCAGCAGCUACACAUCAUCGAUGGCGAACAAUUAAAAACACAUCCUGUUGAUGUGAUGACCGAAGUGCAACGUUUCCUGAAAAUAACCCCCGUCAUGGACUAUUCCAAUCAGUUACGAUUCGAUGCGAAAAAGGGAUUUUUUUGUCAAAUUGCUGAAGGCAAUCGAACAAAAUGCCUGGGUAAAUCAAAGGGGAAACCAUAUCCGGCAAUGGAUGAUCGAAGCUUGAAAAUGUUACAAAGAUACUACCUGAGCCAUAAUACAGCGCUGGUGAAAUUGCUGAAAAAACUUGGAUCACGUCCAAUACCACAAUGGCUGAAAGAUGAUCUAUCAACAACAUCAUAAUGCUGACUUAAUUAAUUAAAUAUUGGUGUAAGCAGCAACUAAAUCAACAGACGAAGGAAAAGUAUCAUCGCAACAUAAUACUAAAUCCAAUAUUUAAUAUCGUGGUUACGUUGAAGGUAAUGUACAUAAAUUUCGUAGGAAAUGUGUAAAUCUAUAAGCGAGAGAGAGGAUACGUUUAUAUAUAACAGUGUUGUAUUAAAGGCGAAUGAUAUUAUUUGGUCAAUAUAUAUCGAUGUUAUAAAUGUGAGGUUCGUACGAAAACGUCGAACGCAGCACUAAAUUAUUAAUUUGACUCAGGUAAAACUGAUUGUACUCAAUAUCUCGAUUCGGAGAAAGCAAACGAAAAUAAAGGAACUCAUAAAAUGUGCGUGUUUUGAUUGUUGAUACCGAGCAACUUUAUCAUUGUUCAAUAAAUGAGCUUCGGGUGGGUAAUUGGAUAUUGGACCUUCACGGUGAAUUUUAAGCUCAGUGAAAUAGUGCGUUCUCUUUUCUACCAAGAAAAAGUUUUGUUAAAAGCACUCUGGUCAGUAUUGGUUUGGGCAAUUUGGAUUUCCGAAUGAAGUGAGGGGUGUUCAGUUAAUUUAAUAUAAUAAAAAUGUGACAAAUUGAAUAACACAAAAGCCACUGCCAAAUUUUCGCAUUCAAGGUGUCAAACAGAAGCCGUCCCAUUCAAACAAUAUUUAAUAUUUUUCGCGAACGGGAGGGUAGUUUUCCAAUUACCUCACUUUUUUAUGCUAAAUUUUUUUUGACAUCUGAACCAAUCAGCAUAGUUAGUAAACGAAGUCGCCGGUUAAGAGGCACCUCCUGUCGGUUAGAGUUAGAAAUCAAUACUCACAGCAGACGUUUUUCAGACAACUUUUUACUUGUGGAACGGUUGCGUCUGUUUGUAAAUUCAAAAACUCUAAAUUUGAAAGUCGAAGGAACUGAACUUGCACACGAAUAUAUAGUAGGAAUGACAUAAAAUAUAACAAAGCGAAAUUCCGGCUUCAGACGAUCCGUGAAAUGUAGAAUCAAAAAAAUUACCAAUUAAGCUCAUUUCACCAUAAUCCAAAUCCAGUCAUUUCAGUGAAGGGUCCCCCGUUCAGAUCACACAAUCACAAAAUAACGUCAAUGCGCUUGAACGAAAUUUUCAUUUAAUUUCAACUUAAAUGACCUCACAUGUAAUUCGUAUGAUAGCCGAAAGUACCUAAUUACGAACUGAAUUCAUGGAAGCAACCCAUACCCAAUUCAUUAUAUCGGAAAGCGAAUCAGGUGGCACGUGUUAGUUACAUGAUGUAUUUUUCUUUGUCCCAUUACACGAACAUAUAAUUUUUCCUGGACAAUACACAAAACACAUAAAUUAUGAAGAUUUUCCGAUUUUGAUAAAGUAAAUUGGAUGACAAAAAAGAACCAACCAUGACCACGAUCUCGCCGUGCUUUUACUUUUUUUUUAUUAUUUGCCGAUGAUGACCUUUUUUGAUAUUGAUAUGGUUUGCUUUAAUGAUUAUAUCGGCGGGUGACACAAACAAAUCUAUUUAUUUGCCAUCAAUUUAUCUUUUUCCGGAUGGAUUUACAAUGUCCCUCCUGCGAUAAAAUGUUUUGUGAUUGGAUGGUUUUCUUGUUUCGGUCGAUUUUUGUUUUGCGUAGAAAUAAUGAGACAAAAGAGAUAAAAAUAUAAAAUGUUAACAGUUAGUAAGGAUGGUUCAAUAUAUUAUUGUGUACAUACAUUAAAACACUAAACAUGGGGUAAACAAAUAAAGUAUAAGAAGCAAAAAAUGAUAAACAAAAAAUUAAAGAAAAAUUAUCAAAAUUUCUUAAAUUAAGAAAUUUGAAAUUUAAAUAAAAUUGUAAAUGUAAUUAACUGACGAUAUGGAAAAUGUAAGAGCAAUCCAAUGUUUUAGAAGAAUUCAAACGUCAGACUAUUUUUUAGAUGUGUAAAUUUAUUGUAAAAAUUUAAAUGUUUCAAAAAUAUUUCUUCUCUACAAAAUUUGACGAUUUUGAUUUUUAUUGUAAAAAAAACCAAUAACUCUUUCUGCUCUAAAUGUAGUGUUUUUAACUUUUAACAAACGGCUCUAAUACUGUAGGCGUAUCGUAAUUCUAAUGAAACAUUUUUUUUGUUAUUCCGAAACAGAGAAAUUCACAAGACAAGUUUUGUAAAUUCUUAGCCUAUCAGAUAUCGAAAAAAAUGGUGACACGAUCUGUCGAGAUUUUGGUAUAAAAAAGCUUGGAAAAAGUCUGACCUAUUUCAAAUUUAAUUCGAUAAAAUCUUAAAAAAAUUCCUGGAAUUUUUAAGAGUGCAAAAAUAGCCUGUUUUAUUAACUGAUCUUGUUUUGACUUGAAAUUGAUAUGAUCAAUUUUGGUCAGACCAGAAUUGGUAUAGUAAUCAAGAAAGCCCUUUUCAAAAUCUUGAAUAAAUUGUUACUGGCUAGGCUACCUCACCAAAAUUUCUUAAUUCACCUGACUAGAACUGAACUUUUAGGAUGAAAUGGAUGCCGACUUUCCUUGAGUCUAAAAUUUUACGUCACUAAACCGAUAUCAAAUCGCAAUUGAAAUGUAACUUUCAGUUUGAAAUGUUUAAAAAACGAAGAAAUUUCAAAACGGCUUAAGUUGAACUCUGAGUAGCUUGUCGAAGGCUUUGACAAAAGGUUUAAAAUAACUCUGCUAAAACUGUAAAUGUGUAAAUAUACCUUAAAAAAGCGCCGUAUAGCUUAGAAUAGCAUGCACAGAGCGGCAUUUAAUCGACAUUGUUGUUCUCUAUGAUGGAAGAGUUGCGUUUUAAUUUAAGUUAGACUUAUGGGUGCAUUUAGAAGUCAAUUUCUUUGCUGUGCAUUGUAAUGAAAUGAUUUACUUCGUAAAACAUCAAUUUAUAAAAAUUGUCUUGUGAAUCUUAAACACCAAAAAAGUAAUUUGAGGUUCAGUUCAUUUGAAGUCAUAGAAUAGUGAGACUGUGCCACCUUGUGCGUUUCGAAUGUGGACUAUUUUUAGAACUAGUUACUCAAAUUAUAAAAAAAUAUGGCAAUAGAAAAACUGAUAUGAAGUAUCGCCCACUAAGACUAAAAGCAGGUAAAUGUUCCAAUUAUAAACAGUUUUCUUACCCUUUACAAAGAUGAUAUUUCUCUAUAAUUAUUGGCUUUGUGAUUUCUGAUCACUUAUGCCGAUCAUAUGAUCGGUUUGGUCGACUAAAAAAGAAAACAGUGACUCAUUUAAAAUAAUUUCAAAUAAAUCUGAUUGAACAAGGUCCACAAAGGUGUACACAUUCUUAUUCGAUUUCAAUUUUUCUUAUAAUAAUUUGAUUAUCAAUACAACCGUUGUUUGAAAGUGUUCUUAUAUUUACACAAAGUUUCAGUUGUACUAUCGAAUCCAUAAAUUCACAACAAAAUUAAAAAUUUAAACUAAAAAAUCAAACAUAUCUAAACUAAAAAAAAGAAAAAUUAAAAA